AAUGUUUCGUGUAACAAUUAUUAACGAACUCUUUAAAUCGAUUUAAAAUGAUAUGGGUUUUUUUUGCUGACAUUUUAUGGUAUCUGUAUACUCUUCUUCGAAACCACCUUAAAGAAACAAUUACCACCUAUGUCUAUCGCGAAAGUUGAUUCUCUCGAAAAAUCAAUGAACGAGAAAUUUUAAAAUUGGCUAUUUGUUAAACUUAUUUCCCUUAAUUUUGCCAUUUUUCUACUCGCGAAAGUUUUCACCUUUAAAUUAAUUGUCGCGAAAAUUUCUUUCUUAAGGUAAUUGAAAUAUACUUUAUACUGCGUGCGUUAAGUUACCCUUUUCGUUAUUUUUAGUUCUUUUAUAUGCUUAUACAUUGUGUGUUUUUUAUUUCAAAAUUAUGAGUCCCGAAAACCUGCUUAUUUUUUGCUUAAAUAUUCCCAACUUUUUAAUGAUAACAAAGUAUGUUUCGUGACAAGAACAAACCGAUAUGUCGAACAUAAUGUUGACCUCUCAAUUAGUUUAAUAACCUCGUUCGCAUUAUUUAUAAUUAAAAAUUGUGUAAUGGAUUGAAAAGUGAUACAGUAAGUUGAAAAGCAUUACAUAAAUACUUCAAGCUCAACAAAUUAAACAAAGAGAAAAAAUGAGAAUAAUAUUAUUAAAAGUUUUUUGUGUUAUUUUAUCUGUACAUUUUAUUUCAUGUGAACUUUUAUUUCCAUUUAAAGAGUUCUUUAAUUUUACAAAGCAGCAUAUAUCAGACUUUAAAUUCUCUGACAUCCUGUGUCGAUAUAAUUCGUAUCCAUCUGGCUGUUCGUGCGAGAACGCGUGUACUCGACGUAACGAUUGCUGUAUCGAUAAAUUUUGGUCGCAAGUCCAACCGAUGAAUUUGUCUACAUACAUAGAUUUUUUUGUCGAUAAAAUGACUACAGCUGCUGAGAAAAGAAUGAAAUUGAAACAGGUUCCUUUGAUCACUACAAGAACGUUAAAGAAAAGCUACCUUGUGGGAUCAGAGUAUAUUAACGCAAUUACAUCGUGCCCUGACACAGCAACACGUGAAGCAAAAAGGUUAUGCGAAAGUACAGACGCUGCGAUUGUUGAUAGCAUUCUCCCUGUAGAAGACGGUGAAAGUUUUUAUUACCGAAACAAAUUUUGUGCUGAAUGUAACCAGGUCCAAUCCUAUCAUAAUGUGCAUGUUCAAAUACAUUGCGCGACAAGAAGUCUCGAUAACUUUACAUUGAUUACCAACAAGACAAAUUGUUGGUUUUCUCGUAGCAAACAUGAUUCAUUUAUAAUACGCCAGUUUCCACAUGUACGGAGAUGUGGGCGUUCUCGGUACAACUCGUUCUGCUCAAUUUACAAGGGUGUAAUAGGAAGUUUCUACAAUUAUCAUUGUGCUCUGUGUAAUGGUUAUGAUGAAUCCAAUAUAAUUACCGUUCCAAUUUCAUUCCCUGUAACCGUUUCAACUAAAUGGUCAAAAAUCAUAUCGUUGCGGCCAUCUUUCAUGAGAGACUAUGUAGAGAAAACUGUGAGAAAGUCUUCCGGUCUGUCCACCCAAAUCACAAAACAACGGUUUGAAAUAUCGUACUGUAAGAGGGGACAAGUUCUUGACAUUGCACAAGAUAAAUGUGUCGACUAUUUAUGUGCAUAUGGCUACACCAAAACAAAAGGGCGCUGCGUCAAAAGGGAGAUCAAUAUAUCGGUUGGAAAUUUCUCCUUGUUGACGCACACAUUAUUAAACUCUUCUUUGCUUGUAUGUAUAAAAACUACACGAAAUGUUUCAUUAGAACUGAUGAUGCCAACAUUUACCAAUGUAAGCCGAGACGGUAUGGAAGAUACAACCACUUUUACAGUUAGAAAUGUGAAACAUCUUGAGGAAACCAUCAAUAGCUUGUUAAAACUUAAUUCAACACAGAACAGCAUUCAAAACAUUUUUGUGAGUACUACAAAUGGAUUUGGGAGGAACAUGUUUGAUGUUUUUCCAAGCGGAAAACGCUGUGCGAUUUCCGAGCAGGUUGAAGUCACUGACGUUAACUUUACCAGAAAAUUGGAUAUUAUACUGCAAAACAAAACCAUUGAAUACAAAGAUAUAAAACCAUUAAUCACGAUUGCAGAAGGCAAAAUUGCAAGACUGGUAAAAAUUUGCCGUCACUAUUACCUUAGCUCUAAUUGUCCGUUGAAAAAAUUGACCAAUUACGUCAUCUCGGGUGCCGACAAGAAACUGACCGUCGUCAACUCCUCGCGCAUCUUAUCGGUCAACCAGUACGUUCCGUUUGAAGAUGGCGUAGCAGUAUGUAUUGAAACAGGGAUCAAUUUGUUUAAAAGGUUUUACACCAAACCCAGUUGGCUUCGAAAAGUUAAUGCAACGGAAGCAUAUACCACUCUCUGUGGAACAAUACUUAGCUUACUUUCAUAUAUUUUUGUCAUAAAAUUAUUUAUCAGACGAUCCAUGAACGUUCCAAAGCAGCUGAUAACGACGCUCUGCUGUACGUUACUGAUAUCUGACAGCGUAUUUUUACUUUCAAAUGUUGUUUCAAAUAAUAAAAUCGCUUGUAAAGGUGUAGCAAUAGCUCUACAUACAUUUUUGUUAUUAUCACAUUUCAUUGCAGCUACCAUAGCUUACGAAUUUUCAUCAACAUUUAAGAUAAAAAUGGUGAACAAACCCAUAGUCAGUUUCAAGCGAUUCAUAAACUAUAUCAUUUUCUCUGUCAGUAUGUCUGUGUUAAUUGUAGCAACAACGAAUGUUUUAAAUGAAUUUCAUGUUGUUGAUGUGAAAUAUGGAGUGAACGGGGAAUGUUGGAUAGCUAGCUUGUAUGGAAGGGUGUUUGCAUAUAUUGUACCUGCUAUAUGUGUCUAUUUGUUUUCCAUAGUCGCUUUGCUUUACGCUCUGCACAAUAUACACGUUGUCACUAAGCUAAGUAACAUUGCCUUGAACAAAGUUGAAACAGAAAAACACAGGUCGGGAAGAAUUGCUUUCAAGUUAGUUGUAUAUCUUGGAAUAAUCGAAAUAUUUGGACUAAUUCAAAUCAGUAAACACAACUUAUCGAACAACGAAUUAAUAUUCAACUCUGUGUUUCAGAUGUUAUUUACGAUAAUUCGAAGUUUCAGAGGAGUAUUUAUAUGCACUUUGGUGUCCCGAAAGAGUUGGUUUAAGCGACAAUGUACAUGAUAAAAGUUGAAGAAUAUGCUGCCCAAACUUUUUACAAUUUCUCAUUCUUUCGUAUAGCUGAUAGGUUUUUUAGUUUUGUUUCAUAUAAAUAUAUCACUUUUAAAAAUUUAAUUCUUGAAAAU